AUGAAGAUUUCAGUAUUUGCGCUUUUGGCUGCGGCCACUACUCAAGCCGCGACCACGCGCAAUCUCAUGUACCUUUACGACACAGGUUCUGACCAGAGUAGAUUUCACGAUUUAAAGCACCUCCCACCAAAGGAUGUCACCGCAGGUGUCACCCACGUCAUUACCGCCUUUGCAAAAUCCGACAUCUUCAACAAUGCCACUAGUGCCGACUAUGCACCAUUCAAACCGCUCAGCGAGAUCCGCGCCCUCUUUGACAGCGACGCCAAAGUAUGCAUGGCCAUUGGCGGCUUCGGCGACACCGACGGCUUCAGUGCCGGGGCCGCCUCCGAGGCGUCCCGCAAACUCUUCGCCAAGAAUGUCGCCAAUGUCACAGACACGCUCGGAUACGACUGCGUUGAUGUCGACUGGGAGUACCCCGGCGGCAACGGCAACGACUACAAGCAAAACCCCAAUGAGGGCAAGGUCAGCGAGAUUGAGACGUAUCCGCUGCUGCUCCAGGAGAUCAAGACGGCCCUCGGCGACAAGGAGCUCUCGAUUGCCGUCCCCGGGAGGGAGGGCGACAUGAUUGCCUACACCAUGGACACAGUGCCCGAUAUCGUCGCUACUGUCGACUUUGUCAACGUCAUGGCGUACGACCUCAUGAACCGCCGCGACAACGUCACCAAUCACCACACCUCUGUUGCGGGCUCCCUGGCCAGUGUCAACGCAUACAUCGGCCGCGGCGUGCCCGCCGACAAGCUGAACCUCGGCUUCGCCUUUUACGCCAAAAAUUUCACCACCAUGCCCAACAUGACCUGCAUCACGCCCACCGGCUGCCCCACGGUCCUGCUCGAGGACAGCGAAGGCAAGGACACGAAUAUUUCCGGCGUCGCCACCGGCGGCUCCCCGUUCUUUGACGACGUGAGCUUCAGCGACAAGACGUUUCUCAACGCCUUCAACAAUAGCCAGGCCGAUACAGACCUGGGCGGUCAGUGGUUCUGGGACGCCUCGAACCCGACCUACUGGACAUAUGAUACGCCAGAGUUUAUCGCCAAGAAGUUCACCGACAUUGUCAAGGCCAAGAAACUGGGUGGUGUUUUUGCCUGGAGUAUGACUCUAGACAGCCACGAUUGGAGCCACAUGAAGGCUCUACAGGCUGGAGUCAAAACUCUGUAA